ACACACUGCAUUUGCUUGUUCGUCGUCGUCGUCGCGAAUGAAACUCUCUCAGUGGACGGAGUGCAUCCCCGAAAAUCGCUAAUUUAUCCGCUGAAAAUUGGUGAAAACGGUCCAAAAGUAAACUUCCCGGUGAGGGACCUCCUCUGGCAAGUGAAAUUGUGUACAGUAGUGAUGUUCCGGCCGCGGCAUCUGUCCGCAACUCAGGACGAAAGAAUUUAGAAAUUUUCCGUCGGAAUCGCAAAGCAACCUCUUUUUCUCCUUUAGUUUCUUUUCCUUUUUUUUUUUUACUUUCUGUCACGUCGCGCUCGGUCGCCCCACUUUCGGCACCCAUCGUCGGCUGGCUUUUUCAAACGUUCGAAAAGAAGGGAGCAGCUACAACAGUAGCAGGUUUUACGUGAAAAUUAGUGGAAUGGAGGAAAAUGAGUGAAGUAAAUACGUUUGGAAGUUUUAAGUUUCAAUUCUUCACUAUCACGGUGUGAUUCUGGACGCUGUGAAAAUUCCCCUCCAGAGGGGACAGUCUAGCGUCAGAAAAGUGCAAUCUAUCGUGAAAAAAACCUCAAUGGCUCGCAAUUGUAAUUAGUGUGUUGUAGUUUUAUUUUGUAAUGGUUAAGAGAAAAUUAUUCAACGUUUGUGCAUUCAUUGAUUGGUAGCAUAGGCUUUUGUUCGUGUUGCAUCCAGUGAAUAAAAUUUUCGAUAAAAAAAAGUACUGCUGAUGGCAAACCAUACAAAACACUGACCCAUCAAAGCAAUCCGCAGCAGCAGCAGAAAGCAUAAUGAUUUUCCAUGCAACGGGAAUUUCGGCAGAGUUGCCAGUCAAUAUAAGAAAUAUUCCUUUGUUUUCCAUGGAUUGCUGCACUUGUUGAUCAACUUGCUGGCAAUAAGCUAAUUUAAAGAUUUAUUCGUUUGGAUAUUAUUUAAAAAGAAUCAUGAUUUACCAAGUACACCAGCGAAAACAUCAGCAGCAGAAGCAGACAGACUAAACGCAACGAGAGAUAAAUCAUCCAGCUCAGCGUACUGACGAUUAGGAAAUAGAGACAUUGUGUUUUACACUUGCGUUUCGCAGCACAAAGUCAAAAUAAACACAAGCGGCCAUAGAUUCGCUGGUACGAUCGUAGCAGCGUAGUAACUUUCAACGAGCAGCAAUGGGAGAUCGCGACAUUCCGAGUGUUCCAAUUACCACCUUGGCUGGAUUGACCAGUCUUUCGGACUUGCUGAGCGAACUUCCCAUAUCAGAUUCUCUCGCUACGGGAUCUACCUCGUUGAAUCGUUCGUUGUUGUUCCACCCGCGUGUAGCUGAGGAAGCCAAUAAUCUGUUGGCCACACGAGACGACAACCUCAUCGGACAGUUGGUGAACGCAAUCGAACAGACCAAUUCUGACCACAUCGAACUGAAAGAUCAGUAUGCGCAGCAGUCGCCCAGUAAGCAGCUGCAUGAGGGACCUCUACUGUUGCAGGCAAUCCACUCUUGUCGGCCAGAUGUAUUCAAUAGGCCGCAGACACACCAGCAGCAUAUACUGGCUCAACAGCAGCAAAAAAUAAUAUCUACAUCACAAACCCAAGUUUAUAAUUUUCCAAGCGAACACUACUCUUCCAUCCAAACACACCACCAGCCUCUGCAGCAGCAGCAGCAGGUUUAUACCAACCAGCUACUGCAAGUGCAACAACAGCAACCGUCUCUGCAGCAACAGCAGCAAAUUGUAUACAGUCAGUCCCCAAUUACUAUCCAUCAUCCCAACCACCCGCCAGUAGUAGUUCAGCAGACGCUGCAGCAACAGUCACAACCGCAACAUCAAAUAGUACAUCUGAGUCAACCUGUCCCAACCAACCUGUCCUUUCAACAGCCGCAACAACAACCACCGCAACAACUGCCAUCCCCACAAAAAGUCAUCAUUCGGCAGCAAGUUAUUAACGUUCAAAAUAUUCCUUACUCCACUCCUUCAGAAAAUCAUCAGCUUCAACAACAACAACAACAGCAGCAACUCUUCCAACUGCAACAGCAGCAACAAAUGCAUCAACAGCAACAACACAAUCAAAACGUUAUAGUGACACACCAGUCCGUAAUACAAAACCAACAACAACCGCAGCUCCAUGUUCAGCUUCCACAGCAACAGCAGCGCGCUGCAGCUGAUCCACAUCGAACGGUCAUUCAGCAGCCACAGGCACCCAUUUUGGCAGACAGCACUCCCGCGAAUGCACUUCCUGGAGCUAUGCCUGUUAGGCAAGGGGCUGCUACACAGCAACAGCAGGUGCAACAGCAAAUUUCUAAUCAUGUCCCCUACCAACAGCAUCCACAACAACAGCUACCACCGCAGGUCGCGAAUCAGCAACAGAUAAUAGUUCCGCAACAGUCGCAACAAAAUGUGAUACAUAAUAACAGUAAUUUACUCAGUGCCUCACCCAAUCAGCACCAUCCGCAGCAACAUUUGGCCAAUAACCUACCGCCGCAACAGCAACAGCAUUACCUAACGGUAGCGAAACAACAAUCUCAUCUAGCCGGAAAUGAGCAAUCUCAGCUGAAAAAUGGCAGCAGUACCUUACACAACCAUCAAUAUCCUCAAGUACAGUCUGCGCAGCAGCAGCAGCAUCCAAAUCACCUUAUCAAAACACCCGAAGCGGCCCCCCGGAACAGCGAGUAUUUACAGCAACAGCAGAGUAAACAUCUGGACGCUCGGGGACGACCUUCACCGGCACAGGGUACAACGGCACCAGAAACCGACCCAACACAAACUAGUUUGCACAAAUCGCAGGACAACCAGCAAACGCAAGUCACCGCUCCCAUCGGCACAGUGCAUCGAAUCAAUCAACAAGGAACAACUCUAAAUAGGCCGCGACCGCCAGCUGGCCCAUUAAUUGCAGCUUCUGGUGCGCCUACGACUCCUACUACAGCAGCAGCGACUGGCUUGCGACCAAUUACUGUUGCUGGUGCAAUUCAUAGAGUGGGGAGCAACAACAUACCUCCAAAACCAGUCCUAGCUCCAAUCACGUCGAUUGGCGUCUCAGGAGCUCUGAUGAGAGCACCUGCGACUACAAACACUUCCACAACACCCGCAUUAUCUCAAGUUUCUCAGGCCCAACAACAACCUGCCCCUCCGCCAGCUACGCCGGCUACGCCGGUGAAGAAACCAGAUCGUGUAAAUCUGAAGAAACUCUGCCGAAUGAUGACUUUACACGAGGCGGAUAAGGUAGCCCUGAAGAAGUGCUCGAUCCGCUUAGAUAGGCUCGAUGAAACACAUCUAGAGAUGAUGCAAGAAGACCUGAAAAAGUUUUCGAUCGCUGAACCAAAGCUGGCGAUGAAGCUAGGACUUGUGAAAAAAAGCAGUGAAAUGAUAUUUAGCAAGAUGAAGGAAGACGAACGGAGGUAUACUGGUUUGUUGGCGAAAAGACGAGCGCAAUACGAGAGCGCCGAUCCCGAGGAUAUGUUUAGUAAACCGAAGCUCAGGAGGGUUGAACGGCCGGCGGCUCCAGUUAUAAAAAAAUUGUCCAAGGAAGAGCUGAUGAAUACCAAUACUUAUCAGAGAUUUAUGUCAAUAAUGGGGAAAAUUUUUGACCAACUAGAUGAAACCGAAGCACCUAGUUUGGAUGAUCCAGAUGAAGCAUUGGAUUGCAUCCCCACUAGUAUGCUUAGUAACAUUGGUGCUGAAGCGGCGAAGUUGAAAGCGCGAAAUGCAAUCGAAGCCAUACCGGAGAACAAGCUGACAUUGCUUAUAACGUAUGCCAUGCGAUCGAUACAAUCGGCGAAGAAUCUAAGUGGGACCGAGCUGCAGGAUGACUUAAUCGGAGACGAGUGUAUAGAGAAGAUUCUAAACGCUAUGGAAGCAGCAUUGUUGAUUUGCUCUAUAUACACUUGCAAAAGUACCAAGUUUCUGCAAGAGGACAACAUCGAUGCAAUAAUCAAGUUCGUGCAAUUCCAGUUGCGAGAAACAGUAUUUCCUUCGUAUGAUCCAGUAUAUUCGGUUGAAACAAAGAAAAAGGUUGACGGAAAAAAGUCGAAAAAGAUGCCAAGCUAUCAGCAGAAAGGGCUAUCAAUUCUGUAUACCAAAAUUGUCGAGUUGGGUAAACUCCUAGUGACAAUGUUCGAGAAAUUUCACUUCGUUGAUACUAUCGUAAUUCACGCUUCGGCACUCGGGGUGGAACCUUUCUUUGUGGAUAAUAUCGAAACUCUUCAAUUCGUUUGUCUUGAUUUGGUAACGUCGAUUUUUCAGAAUGAAAAGUAUUCACACCAUCGACGAAACAUUGUUGCGGAUAUUCUUUCGUCGAUAGACCGACUUCCGCACUCGAAACGGAAUCUCCGUCCGUACAAGUUGGUCAACAACGCGGGCAACAUUCAGAUGAUGACCGCACUAGUACUGCAACUGAUUCAGUGUGCCGUAGUUUUGCCAGAAUCGUUAGGUGAUAAAAACCCGAAAAACAAACUUAAUAACGAUGCGGUGGUUAACAGCAGCAACCCGAGGUCGGCUGAUCUUUUCAUAAUCGGAAAGUACGACACGGCACUAAGCAUUGGGGGUAAUUUUCUGGCCACCUUUUUGGACAAGUGCAAGAGUCGAUCGAGCGAAACGGAUUUCCGUCCUCUGUUCGAAAACUUCAUCCAUGAUUUACUGACAACCGUUAACAAACCAGAAUGGCCUGCAUCGGAACUGCUUCUUAGUCUGCUGGGGACGAUGCUGGUGAAAAAGAUGUCCGACAAAGGAGUCGAGCAGUCUAUUCGAGUGGUGUCUCUCGAGUACCUUGGUAUCGUAGCGGCACGUUUGCGAAAGGAUACCGUAGAAUCGCGGUGUAAAGUACGAACGAUGGACUCCCUCAUCAAGUACAUCAAAAUCGAGCAAGAGAAGGAGGGCGAUGAAUAUCAGAACAAUUCCAAGUUUCAAUUGAACGAGGAAGAGGAAAGGACUGAGUUCUUGCAAAAAAUUCUUCUCGAUUUUUUAGCUGCAAACGCUCAGGAAGGGAACAUCGUUUGGAAUCAUGCGCGGCAUUUUUACAUAACUCAGUGGUACCGUGAUAUUAUUCAAAGGAAAAAGUGCAUCGCAGAUGGGGAAAAAGGUUACGCAUCUCGCAAAAAGCAGGCGAAGAAACGUAAAAAAUAUCACAGUGAGUCCGAUAAUUCCGAUGGUGGAAACGAUUCAGACCUUGAGGAAGUCAAACCAGGUAUUGAUCAGGAGUUGAAUAGUGAAAUUUUCCGCAUGCUGGACACCCGGAAGACAAAUUAUUUGCUCCAGAUUUGUCCCUUUGGAGGCAGUGGUGCCAACGCGGCUAAUGCUAGCGAAAUUAAAACCUACAUCGAUUACAGUAACGCUAAUUUGAUCGCCCAGUACCUGGCUAGCAAGCGUUCGUUUUCGCAGAGUUUCGACAAAUACCUGCAGAAAAUUAUCCUCGUCGUGCGCGAGCCCGUCGUUGCGAUACGAACCCGAGCCAUGAAGUGUCUCGGCAAUAUCGUUGAAGUAGAUCAGAUGGUACUCGCGCGAAAGGACAUGCAGAUGGGAGUACAUCAGAAGCUGCUUGACACUGCAAUUUCGGUGCGCGAGGCAGCUGUGGAUUUGGUGGGAAAGUACAUACUCUCCGAUCCGGAUCUGAUUGAUCAGUAUUAUGAGAUGAUUUCGCAACGAAUAUUGGAUACGGGCGUCUCGGUCAGAAAACGGGUAAUAAAAAUUUUGCGUGACAUCUGUAUCGAAUAUCCGGAACAGGACAAAAUUCCGGACAUUUGCGUGAAAAUGAUUCGAAGAGUUAACGACGAAGAGGGAAUCCAAAAACUAGUGAUGGACGUCUUUAUGACAAUGUGGUUUACGCCGUGCAAUGCUAAUGAUAAGGGAGCCAUGGAUAGGAAAAUUACUCAGAUAAUCGAUGUUGUAUGCUCGUCCCAUGAGACUGGAACUCAGGGUUUCGACGCACUGCUGAAAUCGAUUUUUGAACCAAAAGAGAAUAAGGAGGACGCAAAGGCUAAAAAGGAAAUUCCCAAAACGCUGAUUAAAGCCUGUCAGCAGAUCGUGGACGGCUUGGUAGAUGCCACAAUGAAAUUGGAAAGCUCGGAGAAUAAAAAGCUUGUCGGUUGCAUAACGGCGUUGCAUCUGUUCUCGAAGAUUCAACCGCAGCUGCUGGUAAAUCAUGCGAUGACACUGGAACCGUAUCUCAACAUACGCUGCCAGAAUGCCAUCAAUUAUAAGUUUAUCAGCAGCGUAGCGGAGAUUUUAGAGCAGGUUGUUCCUCUAAUGGAACAUCCCAGCGAUAUUUUCCUUGCUGAUCUGGAAUCACACCUAAUGAUGCUGAUUGUGACACAAAGUCAAGCUGUCGUGCUGAGUUGCGUAUCCUGCCUCUCGGCGGUUGUAAAUAGAAUUACCAAGAACUACGCCCUGAUACGAGACUGCUUUUCCAAAUUUUACUACAAGGGCUUAGUAUCCAGUAAGGACAAACUAAUAAGUGAUCCGUCAAUACCGAUAGAGCAAUUGUACAGGCCUCAGUUUAGGCGCAGUAUUUAUACGGUUGGAUUGAUUAUGCGGUACUUUGACUUCAAGCAGCCCGAAGUUUAUGGUGGUGUAGAGGAUGCACAGGGUUCACUGCCGGCUGCCAUCUGCGAUGAGGUCUACAAUACGUUGGCAUUUUUCUUGUCAUGCAGUCACAGCGAAAUUUGCAAGGAGACUCUUCUAUCGAUGGGCAACUUUUGCGUCAAAAACUACGAAUAUCUGACCAAAACAGAACUGAGAGAUUACUACAACUAUCUGCUUACGCAGGAAACAGUCCUAACGGAGAUGAAAAUCAACGUACUAAAAAACAUUCUGAUGUAUCUAACGGAGGAGGAGAAUAAAAUGGUUCGGAAUGAUAAAGAAUGGGCAAAACAAGCCGAAAGCGAAGAUUUGAAAGAAAUGGGUGACGUUUCUUCCGGCAUGGCGAGUAGAGUGAUUCAGAUAUAUCUGAAAGAAAUCCUGCGGAGCUUCCUCCACCGUGAUACCGGUGUGCGAAUGUGGGCAAUGCGUGUAGUUGAAAUCGUGCUGCGGCAAGGUCUGGUUCAUCCAGUACAAAUAGUUCCUUAUUUAAUAUGUUUAAGUACGGACCCGGAAAAAGAGGUUGCACAUAGUGCAGACCGUCAUCUCCAGGAGAUUGACAAGCAGUAUCCAGGCUUUGUAAAUAUGAAAUCUCACGCCGGUAUGCAGUAUUCGUAUGAGUUACAGGCGUUACUGCAGACGCAUGGACACAAUAGUAUAGUUAGAGGUUACAGAAUCAAAGACCCUCAGGAGCCCCCGACUGCACUAAAUGGUUUCUUAUAUACGUUGCUGCGUAACACCAAACCUCAGCGGCGAGCACUGGUCCAAUCGAUAACGAAACAGUUCGACGAUGGCAAGAUAUCGCUGCAACAGAUGCUGUAUCUAGCGGACAAUUUGGCUUACUUUCCUUACGCAGUGCAGGACGAGCCACUGUACAUAAUCCAUCAUAUUGAUGUGCUGAUUUCCGUUACCGGCACUAACUUGCUGGCCUCAUUUCGAGAAGGAUUGAAACCCCCGCCUGGAGCGGAAAAUAAUCCCGAACAAUGUAAGUUUUCUGAAGCAGUACACUCCGCAGGUCACAGUAGUAACGUUUUCUAUUGCAAUUCAUCAGCCCUCAAUCCACUGGAGGAUGACGACGAUGACGAUCAGGAUGUGAUUCUCAGUAGGCUACCAGAAGACACGACCGAGCUGCAGAACUGUAUCACUUCAGCACAGGGAUGUAUGCUUUUGCUAAUACUCAAGCAGCAUUUAAAAGAUAUCUACGGUAUCACAGACUGUAAAAUAUCUCGAUAUUCACCGUCGGAAGCGGGUAAAAUCUACGACAAAGCAAUGCAGCGGCGAUCAAAUUCUUUAUUCGAUCCGAAGGCUACAAUUGCGUUACUCAAAGAAAAGCGGUCUACCGAGGAUGUCCAGGAGGAGAAGGAAAGGGUCGAACUAGUGCAGCGGUAUUUGGAUUUCAAGCAACUGAUGCUACGGCUUGAUCCAGACGAUCCCGAGCUGUUGGAUGAGGAUGAUCGAUUACCAGCGAAGGGAUCCGAACCUAAUUCAGCGACAAACAGCCCUGUCAAGCAGGCUGGUACCGCCGAUGCCCCUGCAGUCCCCAACCAUAACAGUACCAACAACGCCGGUGGCAUCGUAAACAACGUUCAUAACACCACCAGCAGCAGUAGUAGCGCACCGGUUAUGAACAAAACGCCAAAAUCUACCGCACGAUCCGGAGCCGCAACGAAUGCUUCCUCGAAUGUUCGCAAAUCUUUGCCAUCAAGGAGCGCUCGCAAAAAGCGACGAAAAGUGUCCACCUCAGAGGAGGAGGAAAGUGACGCUAGUGAUAUGGAUUACGAUUAAGCAUCCGCAGCCGUCGCAUACUCCCGAGAAGUUGGGUCGAGAUGAAAAACAACUGUUUUUCGAUGCCACUUUACAGCAAACUUACAAACAGUAAAAAAUGAUACAAAAAGUCACUGUGAAUGCACAUUUAAUAUGCUUCGGGUCAGUUAGUUGACUAGAGGACCAUGAGACCCGAUUUAUGUUAACAUGUUUCUGUAGUUCUCCCCUGUAGUAUUUUCCCCACCAACACUACUGUGUUAGGAUGUUUGAUCAAACUUCUCAAGUUACCCCACUAGAUGUAGAGUUCAAACCACGCAAUUGUUUAUAAUUUUGAAAAUCAAAAGCAACAAGAGAGAAAAGAGAUAGGAUACAUUUUGAAACAAACCAUUUUUCGAUACCAGUAUAUAUAUAUUUAACAAUAAUAUAUUAUUCACUAUGGGAAAGAACUGUGAGAAUAGAUGUGAGCACGCCAAUGUGAGACAACUUUUACACAUGACUGAGUUCGUACUCGGUCGAAUCAUUACACAGAACAAGAAAGAUAUUAUAAAUUGUAGAAAUGAUUUUGCGCGUUUGGAAAAGAAGACUUAAUUUAAACGUUGCGUAGUUGUCUGUUUAGCAGCGAAGAAAGGAAACAAAACGCGGUUCUAUUCUUUGCGGGAGAGACAGAUAUUCUAUGAGAUAUAUUUAACUAGUUCGCCAUUAAACGCGAAAUAAGGCGCGCAUCCAGCAAGGUCGUUUAAAACAUUUAAUGAAAGCUCAGCAAUGACCGCCGCUAGACAAAUCCAAGGAAGAAGGGUUUGCGAGUAUUUCACGUAUUGGCGAAAUAUAAUAUUGAACAUAGCAGUUGAGAGUAGACGUAGUAAACGGUAUCAUUCAUGGAACUGCGAAUAUAAUUGUAUAAAUUAUGUAGCGUCAAGUAGCGAAGAUGCCAAUAAACAAAAAGCAUCCAACACACAAUGUAUAAACGGUUUUAUCUUAAGAUAUUAGGUUUUUGAUCAAAACCAUAACCAAGCAAACGGCGUAGUGAUUAUUGUGUGGACAGAGUUCAUUCAACACGAACGACGAAGAAUCAUUAGAAUGCAUCCGUUGCGUGCAGCCUGUGCGCAAAGAAAAAUGAUGCUUGUAUGUGUGUGUGCUAGCGAUUGUACAUUUUUCUGUAAAUAUAGGAUAAUCCUUUCCUUAUUUUCGUGUCAAGGCAGUGUGAGAAAUUUAGAAAUUGGAAUAAUUGUCGAAAGGGCUUUCGUUCCCCGGGUAAGAGAAAACAAAAAAAAAAAAAAAAAAUUCAGAGCAAAUGAGAAUAAAAGGCAGAGACUUUAUUUAAAGUGUUUUUAGAUAAAUUAUUUAUAAAAAAAAGAAAUAAAAACAAUAAAAAACUGAAAUCCAGAUGAAUUUGUAAUUUAACUUAGGUGUUAAGGUAAAACGAAACAACACAAGAUUGAAGAGAAGAGAAAACCACACUUUCGAAAAUGCAUAAUCGAAGGAUCUUUUUUGUUUUUUUAAUAUAAUUUAAAUCAAAGUCAAAGUGGAAAAAAUACAGAGUAAAACUUGUAGAUUAAU